AUGUUGUGUGUUGCUUUUAUAUUAAUUGCGAUUAUAAACUGUGGUGCGAGAGAGAUACAGAAUGAAACUGAGACAGAGGAAUUCAGUAUCUCCGCGGUGGCAAUUGAAUCAUUACCGCCCGGUGCCGUCACGCGGAUCAUCGGAGGCGCGACCACGGCCAUAGAGAACUUUCCUUUCACUGUACAGGUCCUUUAUAACAGACAGCUUGUCUGCGGGGGCUCAUUGUUGACUAAAAGGCACGUCCUCUCUGCAGCUCAUUGCUUCGUUGACAUAAAUACUGGUGGACCACUCAGCUCUUCACGAUUCUCUAUCCGAGCAGGAUCCACGUUUUUAAAUGUUGGGGGUACAGUCCACUCGAUAGCGACCAUUAUUGUCCACCAGGGCUACAACCAUACUACAUUUGAUAACGACGUGGCUGUGGUAGUCCUCAGCUCUAGUGUAAAACUGAGUGAUAGCGUGCAGAAGGCCCGCAUUCCCCUUCAGGAGGACUCCCUGGCUGAUGAUACUACGGUGGUGGCUGUUGGCUGGGGGAGGAUUAUGGUAGAAGUGCCGGGAGUAUCGAACGUACUCAAUGAAGUGACUAUCCGGACGAUAAAUCGAGGUAUCUGCCGACAACGCUACGCAGUGCUCGGAAGCCAGCUCAACAUACCAAUGGUAGUCACUGAAAACAUGAUCUGCGCUGGACUGUUGGAUAUUGGAGGGGCUGAUACAUGCCAGGGUGAUUCCGGAGGUCCUCUAAUGUACAAAGGUGUGGUCGUGGGCGUUACAUCCUGGGGCGCUAGUUGUGCUCAUCCUCAGUUCCCGGGAGUGUACGCCAGAGUGUCCAUGUACAGCACGUGGAUCAAUCAAACGGUGGCAAGGUAUAACGGUUCCGCAAGAAACCAGGCCAUGAGCUUAUCACUGCUCGUGCCUCUUAUAUUUGUCAUGUUAAGCAUCCAGUUGGUGUCAUAA